AUGUUUCAGGAUUUGAAGAAAGUGUUGUCCUUUCCCCCAUACCCCGGGGAUUACCUCCAUCCAGUGGUGUACGCCUGCACCGCAGUCAUGCUUCUUUGUCUUCUCGUCUCCAUUGUGACUUACAUUGUCCACCACAGAGUCAUCCAUAUCAACAGGAAUGGCUGGCACACACUGCUAAACUUCCUGUUUCACACAGGACUGACGUUUGGAGUUUUUGCUGGAGGCAUCAAUCAGAUCAACGUCACAUUUGUUUGUCAGAUUGUUGGCAUCAUUAUUCAUUAUGCUUCUCUGUCAACAAUGUUGUGGCUGACAUUUACUGUCAGAAACAUUUGUAAAGAUGUGUCCAAGGAUCCACUUCAGGCCCAUGAUAGGAAUGGACUGUCCCAGAAACACUACAAGCCAACCAUCCUGAGAUUUUAUCUGGUAUGUGACGGGAUCCCUCUGAUAAUUGUUGGAGUUACAGCAGUGUUUGAUCUGGAGAACUAUGGCAGCAGAGAUGAUGCGUUGUUUUGCUGGAUGGCAUGGGAGCCAAGCCUCGGAGGCUUUUAUGCUCCAGUGGGUCUUCUAGUCUUGAUCAUGUUCAUGUACUUCUUGUACACCUACAUCCAGUUGAAGCACCACCCGGAAAGGAGGUAUGAGUUGCGGGUUCGGUGUGAGGAUCAGUCUACUGAAGAUCGUUGUCACCCUAGCAGAGGAGGGGCUGCGGGAGCUGCUGGAGAAUGUCCACCAUUUUCUGCCGGCGUAUCAGUACUGGCUAAUGAACAGUCAUUCAAGUCCCAGCUAUGGGCCACGGCUUUUACCCUCUUCCUGUUGUUGUCUACGUGGGCUUUGGGAGCAUUAGCAGUGUCACUCGGAUAUUUCCUGGAUAUGGUGUUCAGCUGCCUGUAUGGAGCUUUUUGUGUGACUCUAGGACUUUUUCUUCUCAUUCAGCACUGUGCCAAACGUGAUGAUGUGUGGAAUAGUUGGUGGGCUUGUUGCCCAUCUAAAGCCAAGACAGAAGCUGGGAAUAUUGAGGGCCAGAGUCAGAAGCAGGAACCCCACCUGCCACACUGCCACUUGAGCUCACCUUGCUCAGGCAAGCAGCCCUUGCUUUCGUCCCAUCUUUUGCAGAGUUCAUUUGACAAAAUCACUCCGCCUCCUUUAAGCCCAACUCCAAGCAACAUGGGUUCAUGUUGUGUCACUGUCAUGAGUUCUGCAUCUCCCAUCCCACCUCUCAUUGAGCCGGUGUCCUCAUCACGUACACACACACUUUCAGAUGAGCUGCCUCGUCCAACUCUUCCUCUACAGAGCUGCCUUACUGACAGAGAAAAGUCACGCUCUUUUAUCCGCCCACGUCUUCAGGACUACCGUUCACACAUGAUUUCAUCCAGUAUGGAUGGAAGUGUGCACAGCACCCAAGUGGGCAGCCAACAGGCUUUACAGCACCCUGAUGAGCCAUCAAUGGUUUCCAACAGCCCACACCCAGAUCUCCAGCUUCCCAGUACCAGCCCUCACUUGGAUAAGCAGAUAGCUUCUUCCUACACUUUGCAAUGCCAAAUGUCUUGCCACAGUGUACAAGACUCAGAGACAUUCUACCUUAGUCAUGCCCAAAACGUGCAUGACAGCACAGCUUCCUGUCACAGUCCCCUUAUACGUUCUCAAGGGCCCCAUUACUGCCAGUGGCACAUGUACAGCUCCAGUCCUAAUGCAGCCUUCUGUGAGAAACCUGAUUCCCUAACCUUGCAGCAUCAGCAAGAUCACAACCCUUACAGCUGCAUGUCAACGACAGAAGACCAAAACAAGGAGAAUCACUAUCUAAAUGUGGAGCAGAGAGGCUUCCCAAGAAACACACUGCCUCGACAGCAAGCCACUGUCAGCCGCCGGGGAGCCAUUGGCCGAAACAGGAGUCUGCAAGAAGAUGGCUUGUUUGGGUCAGAUACCACAGGAAAUAUACGGACUGGCCCAUGGAAAAAUGAAACCACAGUAUAG